CCUACAGAUCGAGUUAGUCCACUUGUUGCGAGACUCGGUGUUAUCAAAUGAAAUCUUGAAACGGAGCUCCACCAGCACCCGGAACUGAGGUACAAGAGCCGAUCCCGACUCGGUUCAUUAUCACACCCAUCAAACUUUCCAGAAGUAAACACUAACCUUCUGCGUUUCACUUUUUCGCUGUAGACACUGGCUAACUCUAGGAUGCUUUGCGCUUGCAGCAAGGAUGCGAAUGGUCAGAAUUUUUCCACUCCCUGGCGUAAAGUCAGACCAACUUAUGAGAUCCUGCAGGGGGUGUCGCUGGAUUUGCAAGGAACUCAGGAACAAGCAAGCGGAAGAAGAGAAGAAAAGGAAGAAUCAAUGCAGGAACCGGGAACUUUAUUGCCUUGAUCAUCGCGAGGAAUUUUGUGAUGCAUAGGAGUUCUUAGGGAUUAUCUAUCUCUGGCGGU